AUGUUUUUUAUUCCAAGAAGCUUUCUGAACUCAAAAUUUAGAAAAAAAAAAUGGUGUAUUGUCUACAUAAUGGUACGAGAGAAAGAUGUUUGUUGGGAAUAUGCUGAGAAACUAGACGGAAACAAGGUGAAAUGCAAAUUCUGUCUUAGAAUUUUAAACGGUGGCAUAAGUAGACUAAAGCAUCAUCUUUCUAGACUUCCAAGUAAAGGUGUAAAUCCAUGUAGCAAAGUUAGAGAUGAUGUGAGCGAUAGAGUUAGGAACAUAAUAGCAUCAAAAGAAGACAUUAAAGAAGUUCCUUCAACAAAAAAACAAAAAAGAGAAGAACCCAAAUCUUCUCCUAUAACCAUCUCUCAAAAUAGAAGUCUUGUUACCCUAGAAACAUUAUCUCCAAUCACCAAAAUCUUUCCCAACAUUACCCAAAAUGCCCCUAGUAAUAACCAAGAAGAUGCAGAAAGAAACAUAGCUCUUUUCUUUUUCGAAAACAAACUAGACUUCAGUGUAGCCCGUUCUUCAUCUUACCAAUUAAUGAUUGAUUCAAUCACGAAAUGUUGUAAUGGGUUUAAAGGUCCUUCACCCGAAACCCUAAAAAACAAUUGGUUAGAGAUUAUAAAAACCGAAGUGUCCUCACAAUCUAAAGAAAUUGAAAAAGAAUGGACAACAACAGGUUGCACAAUAAUUGUGGAAACAUGGACAGAUCACAAAUCAAGAACUUUAAUCAACUUCCUAAUUUCAUCACCAUCAAGCACAUUCUUCCAUAAAUCUGUAGACGCGAGUUCUUACUUCAAGAACACAAAGUUCUUAACCGAUUUGUUCGAUUCUGUAAUCCAAGAAUUCGGUCCCGAAAACAUUGUUCAGAUAAUCUUGGACAACACUUUGAAUUGCACAAGCGUAGUGAAUCAUAUUCUCCAAACUUAUGGGACAAUUUUCGUGUCCCCAUGUGCUUCACAAUGUUUAAAUGCAAUCUUGAAAGAGUUUUCAAAGAUAGAUUGGGUGAAUCGUUGUAUCUUACAAGCACAAGUUAUUUCAAAAUUCAUAUACAAUGAUUCAUCGGUUCUUGAUAUGAUGAAAAAGUACACUGUAAAUGAAGAAAUCAUCAAAACGGGAAUCACAAAAUACGUGUCUCACUUCCUUUCAUUGCAAUCCAUCUUAAAACAACGUUCAAGAUUGAAACACAUGUUUAAUUCCCCUGAGUUCACCAACAACCCUGUGUAUGGAAAUAAACCACAAAGCAUCACAUGCAUUGAGAUUCUUGAAGACAAUGAGUUUUGGCGGGGGGUGGAGGAGUGUGUGGCGGUUUCCGACCCGUUUUUAAAGGUGACGAGGGAGGUUUCCGGUGGGAAACCGGGGGUGGGGUCCAUUUAUGAGCUGAUGACAAAAGCUAAGGAGUCGAUUAGGACUUAUUACAUUAUGGAUGAUAUAAAGUGUAAAACUUUUUUUGAUAUUGUGGAUCAAAAAUGGCAGAGCCACCUUCAUUCACCUUUACAUUCAGCUGCUGCUUUUUUGAAUCCGGGUAUUCAAUAUAAUCCAGAAAUCAAGUUUCUUGGAUCGAUAAAAGAAGAUUUUUUUAGGGUUUUGGAGAAAUUGCUUCCGACUCCUGAAUUAAGACGAGAUAUUACAAAUCAAAUUCUGUUGUUUACAAGGGCCACAGGGAUGUUUGGAUGCAAUCUUGCCAAGGAGGCCAUUGAUGCUGUUUCACCUGGAAUUUGGUGGGAACAAUACGGCGACUCGGCUCCGACACUACAACGAGUUGCAAUGAGAAUACUGAGUCAAGUGUGCAGCAGUUGUACAUUCGAGAGACAUUGGAGUAUGUUUCAACAAAUACAUUCGGAGAAAAGAAAUAAGAUUGAUAAAGAAACUUUGAAUGAUAUUGCAUACAUACAUUACAAUCUAAAGCUAUCAAGGGCAAAAAGGUCAAGUUUAGAGAAUGAUCCGAUACAGGUGGAGGAUAUUGAUAUGACUUCAGCAUGGGUUGCAGAGAGUGAGAACCCGACCCCGACUCAGUGGCUUGAUCGAUUUGGUUCGGCUCUUGAUGGUAAUGAUUUGAAUACUAGACAGUUUAGUAAUUCUAUAUUUGGUCCAAAUGAUCAUAUGUUUAAUUUGUAGCAAAAAUUACAUAAAAACCACUAUAUAUAUAUUUUAGUAAUUUUUGUGGUUUAACAACUAUAUUUCAAUUUCGUCAAUGAUAGGCUAGCUAACCAAGUUUGACAAAAUUUUCUAUGUCAACCACUUUGACCUGUUAUGACCUCCUAUAGCAAGUUAAAAUCGUCGCAACAGAAAUCUUUGUCGAUGUUUAGUGGCUGUGAUUCGACACAAAAUAUUCCACUAAACACUAAAUUUUGACCCAUUUAACCUCUGCUAUGCUAUAGCAGGUCAAAGUGGUCAACAUAGAAAAAAAUGUCAAACUUGGAUGACUUUUAUUGACGAAACUGAAAUUAGUGGUUAAGUUACAAAAUGGUCAAAAUACAGUGGGUUGGG